UGAUAACUAUUAAUGAUGAUAUGGAUAUUAUAACAUAAAAUACGUAUCCUUCAGGGUUUCUUACUGUGACAAUGUUACUAGCCAGUAGUAGGCUGCCAGACGCAUGCAUGAUAAGCGUGUUGCAACGUAUGAAUGUCCAUUUCGAGUGUUCGAGUGGUUUCUSCUAGUAAAAAGGGCGUUCGGUAUGAACUCAUCGAUCUAAUCGGUUUUUCCAAAAGAAAGAAGGAUCUCUUUGUGUUUACUCUAUGUUACUAGCUGUCAACAAUUACAUUUGCUAUUCCCAUUAGUACUUCAGGUUACAAUAAGCUUGACUGUUAUCAUUCUUUUACACCUUAGAUAAAUUUAAUACAUUAGUCGAGUUGUGUUCCCUUCAACCUAWCGAUACAAUUAUCACAAAGUGGUUUGCCAAAGGGAUGAAAUUACCACGUGUUUUGCUCCUUCAGGAACAACGUGACUAACUGGCCUUGAUAAGGAAGUUUAUCUUUAUUUUGUAAUAUAUAGUUUGCCCUUAUUAGUAGAGUAGGUCUUCUGGUCCAUUAUAGGAGAACUCAGGUACAGGAAAUAGACCUUUCUCUUGCCUAGGGGCCACAGUGCAUUCCCUUGCUGUGUAUUACCGUAAAAAUAGUGCUAACCCUAAAGCCCUGACGUCAUAGAGCUAUUGAUUUGUCUUAUCUUGGCCUUAAUGACGUCAUAAGCUAAUUAUAUUUUUCCUUCUCCUGUUCAUUUAUCGAAUACUACGUAAGCAAACUGAUAAACAAAGGUAUAACGUCAUGGGGURUUGUAUCACGGUGAAUGAUACAACGCAACUCCACACGACUUCAAUAACCUCCAGUAAUUUAUAUAUUGUAUUAGUCCUCAACCAGAGUUUCUUUAAACCGUUCUACUGGUAAUAUUAAGUUCAUUUCGAAUCUUUGAUCACAGGUUUUGCAGAAACCUUUGCCUAAAUAUUCAAGUUUUCGAAUCAUCGAUCGACACUUCGUGUCCUGGUUUUCUUAUUUCAUUCCGUACGUUUUCAAGCUUAAUAGGCAUAGUGAUGGGAACAUGUCAUACCCGGAAGUAUAAACGUCCCGGAAAUCAAGAAAACAAAAUUGAAGUACAGGGAAAUGACACUCUCCACCCAUGUUGUGGUCAGGUGCUCGUGGUACGGAAACACCGACCUAAAAAACGCAGGAUAACCGCUCUGAAACUUUUAACAAGUGUUUACGCUUCGAGAGAGGUCUUAUUUCUGAGUUUUACAACUUAUAGCUAUCACAGAGCAACCUCCGGUAAAACGAGUGCAUGAAGACGGCAACGUGUUUCUGCAAGUAUUUUAAUAAAGAUUGGUAGCAAAACGUUGCUAAUCCAGCUUUAACAGAGACAAACAUGACAUGUCAGGCAGAGCACACAGCGUUGUCAGUUAUAAUCAUGAAAAUGAUGAAUAAGCAAUAUGGCAUACUUUAAAUCCGAUAUUUUGUAAAUAGUAAUCAGAGAGCUUAAUUAGGUUAUAUGUAAUGGCCAUCUCAUCAUAGGACCUCCAGGGCUGUUUGUUUGAAAAACCCUUCCAAGAAACUACUGAAAUCAACAAAUGYAGCUAUUGCAAUGUCAAAAUGACAUUCUAGAACGAUUGAUCAUUGGAUUUAAAGGAAUGUACUCGACCCGGGAACCAACUUAAAAUAAGUGUCUAUUUAUAGCCGGUAACAGCCGUUCUUCGCAUUGUUGUAUCGCUCUACUCGAGAGUAAUACCGAUAAGACACAGCUUAUAUUUGUACAAUGUUUCUAGUCUAGGUAACAAAGUAACAAUGUCCUUCAUCCACUUUUAACUUAUCAGGAAAUCUUAGUGACAUUUAAUACUACUCCUUGGUCUUUAGACUCAAUCAUAUAAARAUGUCAAAGUUUCUACAUCAAGACGGGAGCAAAGCGUUAAGUGCGCUUCAACAAUCAAUCUAACCAAUGSCUUGGCAAUACAAAAAUUGCAGACCGGAAGUGUACAAUUAAUAUCUCCCGAUCGUCCACUAGGGUGUGGSCCGCUACGUAAUACCCCACCCAAUAGUGACCUACAGUCAGUAUUCGUCUAGGCCUUUCACCGUAGUUCUUUAUGAUAGUCUAGACUSCUUUAGGUURCGAACSUUAACAAGGCGAUCAUGAGGAUUUUUACUCGUCUCCGACCUUCGAUUCCAAGACGAUACUCCGUUAGUCAUUACAGUGUGAUGGGAUUGGUGAGAUACACAAGCAAUAUUACUGACGAACUGGAAGCACUGGAAGCAUGCUAUUGGCUGAAAGCAGCAGGAUUUCCUCARUAUGCCCAAUCAUAUGAAGAGGGAAGAUUUCCAAUAGACAUUGCUACAGUUAUAAAAGAACAUGACUUUCUGGACGAAGACUCAUUGCAAUCUCUGUACAGGAGGCUUCAAACUCUUAAUCACUGUUCUAAGCUAAACCUACACAUCAAGCGUAUUGAUGGUUAUGAUUCUGACGAAGAGGACCUCAUAACACUGAGCUCUAGAUGGAAGCUACAAAACAAGAAYCGCAACUGGGCAAGACGGAAAAGGUCAGCUUCUUCACAAUUCAGUGGGAGUGAUUCAUCGACAAUAGGCUCAAAUUCUCACUCAUCUUCUUCCUCACUGCGACAAAAGACAGGUUCAACCGACAUACUAAAUGAACGAUGCAUAAAUUCAAAUGUACGACAACUAUCUCUGCAGGCAGUGGAUAGAAUAUCAUCUAACAAACUCAUAUCGCCUUACAAUGGUUCUAUGAAUGAAGGAGGGAUCAGAUCAAGUUUAUAUGACAACAUGCCAAGUGGCAUAUCACUAAGCACUCCAUCAAUUUCUAGUUGUUCUGGAAAUAACGACAAUGGUAUAGACUCCAAAACAUCCAGUAACAACAAUAGGACCAAGUUAACKUCCAGUGAUUUAGGACUUGCAGACACAUUAUCAGCAGAUGAACUAUCAGAUUUAGAGGAAAAUGAUGAUGUACCCUCAGACUUAAUGAAUAUAAAGAAUACAAGAAUAUACACUACACCAACAAAAAAUGCUACUACAGAAGAACCUAGUUCCAAUAGACAUAAAGCAUGUAGGUGGCAUAGUUUUGAAAGGUCAUCAAAACCAAAUGUUCCCGUACGGUCAACAAAAAUCAGUAAACUGUCAGCUGGGCAACUAGCUGUUCUACGAAAGUAUUCAUUGUUAAAAGUAACAGCAUUAAUAGAAAGAUAUACGCACUCUAACAGAGGAAUGUGGAAUUGGUCGUUUCCUCAGUUCCUGAAGAAAUUCAAAACCCCUGAUUAUAAAGAUAAGAAAGUCUUUGGUGUUCCUAUGUCUGUCAUACUUCAACGGUCUGGUCAACCUUUACCGAAACCAAUUCUUAUAGCUAUGAACUACUUACAGAGAACAGGAUUCAGCUCAGUUGGUAUAUUCAGGAAAUCUGGUGGGAAGUCUCGGAUCCACAACUUGAAGGAGAUGUUGGAAGACAACCAAGAAGUUACAGACUUCGAGGGAAUGUCACCAUUCGAUUUAGCAGACAUGCUUAAAGAAUACUUCAGAGAUCUUCCAGCUCCCAUUUUAACAUCCAAACUAGCAGAGACUUUUAUUGCUAUUUAUAGUGAUAUCCCAGAGGAAUUGCGAAUUGAAGCUCUUCAAGGUGCUAUUCUGUUGAUGCCAGAUGAAAACAGGGAAGCGCURCAGACUCUCCUGCUAUUUCUUAAUGAGGUAGCUGCUAACUCUUCCCAGAACCAGAUGAAUGAGAAAAAUCUUGGAGUUUGUUUUGCCCCUUCAUUAUUUCACUUGUGUGGCACCAAAGACGAUCCAUCUGCUCCCAAAAGACAAAAGAGAACGCCAAUUAACAAAGCAUCCAAAGAACUCAAUGAUAACUUGGCUGCCCAAGAAUGUCUAACACAGAUGAUCCAAGAAGUAGAUAGGAUAUUUACAGUCCCAGAAGACACUCUUAUGAAAAGCAGAUUUUCAUUUAUUGAACAAGGUGAACCUGUCACCCUGGACAAGCUUGGUCGCAACAAGUCAAACCCAUCAGAUGAUUACAAUACAUAUAUUGAGUCUUGUAUCAAUGGAUUGCUGAAGGAAGCCAGAGACAAGUUCAAAGGUUGGGUGUCUCAUCCUUGGCAUGAAAGCCCUGUAGAAGUUUCAUACAAGAAGCUCCGUGAUGGAUGUCCUCUUAGACUAUGGAGAGGCGUUGUGGAAAUUCAGGCUUCACCCCAGGAUAUUCUCAAGAGAAUCACAGAUGAAAGGCAUCUCUGGGAUGAGGAUUUGGAGACCUGGGAUGCUGUUGAACAGAUUUCCAAUGAGGUUGAUGUGUUUCACUAUGUUACACAAUCAAUGAUUCUACAGCCUAAGAGGUCACAUGUUGUUUUAAGGGCAAGAAGAUCAAAUCUAGAUCAUGGUUCAUGUGUGUUGGUAUGCACUUCAGUUAGCCAUCAAGAUGCACCAAUGUCAUCAGGAGUAGAGGCCAUUGUCUUGGCUCAAAGAUAUUUAAUUGAACCAAUAAGUCCUGGCCUGUCAAAGCUUACCUACAUUACAAGAGUUGAUCAACGGGGAAGAACACCUGAUUACUACAAGAAGAUAGGCCCAGUGUGUGCAGCAGCGGUUUCCAAGAUCAAAGACUCUUUUAUCAUAGGUUCUGAUGGUCCAGAAACUAAAGUUUGAUGUUAAACUUGAUUGAUCGGACCAUUAAUUUAGAAAGAACGUUUUAUAGYAAGACAUAUUGGUUAUACAAGAGCAUAUUCUUUGAUAGGAACUGUUUCCCUUUGAAGAGAUUUCUCCAAAAUGUACCAAUUGAAAUCGGUAUAUUUUCACUCCAAAAUAAUGUGCAUCUUACUUUAACUGUCUUAUCAGUGUGGGSUAAAUAAAUCAUAUUUUAUUAAGAUAGAUUGUAUAAAAUUCUUAUGGAAACCAUUCACCUCUAUUAUCAUAGUGAUUUUAACAAUUUAUACAAUUUCAGAUGUAAAAGACAUUUAUAAGGUUUAAUUUGUUACAAAAUAAAUGCCAUUUAUAUUUCGAUUGUGGAUAUGGAUAAAUAAUCAURYGAUUUGCAGUGUUCACAAACAAAUGCCAACAAUAUUUCCUUURAUAUUUUGGAAACAACAUCACAGAAACCCAUUGACAGAGCUGCCUUUUAUAUAACAAAGUGAUGAGGUCAAUGUAGUACCAUUGAUAUUAUGUGGUUACACCUCGCCAACUGAAGAUUUAUGAAAYUUUUUGUGUCUUAAUUUAUAUAAAUUAACAUCAAAAUGGAAAUUCCAUCUAAAUAUUAAUAAAUACACUCAUGGAAACUACAUUGAAACAUUGCUUUUGACCAGAAUUUUUACUAGCAAUACAAUAGUAUUCUUUUCUAAGUAAUUUUUCUGUAAUAAUAUAAUAUAUACAUAUCGAUUCCAUCACUUAGAACAAUUCAACUUUGUAAAUAAUAUUUUUCAAGAUAACUAAAUAAAAAAAACUSAUAUGAAAUGAACUUUGUGGUCACAGACUUUGAAAGCUGUUUUAUAUAACCGUGAUCACGUCCAAGAUCCAUCUGCCGAAACAAUUGCACAUAGUUUCAUUAUCUGUUCAACAAAAUAGCAAAAUACCAAGUCUUGGCUUAUUGAUAUAUAAGCCACAUUUGCCCUGUAUGUGAACACACUUUCAACUUAUUCUUUACUGCACCGACUAAUUAUAUUCAUGAAGUAUUGCUUUAUCAAGUUGACUAACCCA